CAAGCGAUUCUGUGCUUGUGGUUUGUAGUGAACAUCCCUCUUGUAACGUAAAAUUGGUCUAAGGGGUCGACAAAAUGACGAAACUUUCCGAAUUAAAUCUCACGGACAGAUGCAGACCAGAAAGCCUGUGGUCAGCUGCCGAUGUCUGGAUCAAGAAACCUCAUGUUGUCAACAAGAGACUGUGUGGAGCGACAGAGUCCGAGUACAGGGACAUGGACGGCGCAGGACUAAAGCAGUUUUUCUCUUCUGUUUUGGGAUGCAGUCAUGAGAUUUAUGAGAUUUUUCACUUCAUUUGCGCCAAUAAUGUGGAUGAAGGACAUGAAACUACAGGACGCUGGCGUGUUUGCAUCAGGACUGUUAUUCCCAAAGUUAGGAAAUCAGAGAAAUGUCUGUGCAAAGAAAUUAUUAUUAAAGAUAUGGUUGGACACACAGUGACAUUUGUUCCCUUUGAAGAGAACGAUGUGGGGCAGGUGUCUCUCAGGAGCAGCAACAUUUAUCAGAUCCAGCUGCAACUGAAAAGUGAAGAUUGGAUAUUGUCUCUUCAUGCUCUAAAGCCUGAGGAUUGGUACAGUGAUGGGGUGGCUUACCCCAAACUUUCCUGGCUUUGUACAGAACUCCUGCCUAAGCUGUCACGCUGGGCUUUGGAGAGUAGGACCAGCGAAUUUAAAAGCACCCUGUCCCUUAUACCUGUGGAGAAAUACAGUGUGAUCUACCAGCAACUGAAAGAAAAGUACAAAGAAUUAGUGAAGGUCUGGCCUGAAGUUACUGAUCCUGAGAAAUUUGUGUAUGAAGAUGUUGCCAUCGCUACAUAUUUGUUGGUCUUGUGGGGUGAAGAGCGUGCUGAAAAGGGAACGACAACAAAACAGUCCUUUGUGGAUCUCGGCUGUGGAAACGGCCUGCUGGUUCACAUAUUAAACAACGAAGGGCAUCCUGGAAAAGGCAUUGACAUCCGCAGGAGGAAGAUCUGGGACAUGUAUGGGCCUAAUACACAUCUAGAGGAAAAUGCCAUUACGCCCAGCGACGGCUUCCUCUUCCCCACCACAGACUGGCUGAUUGGAAACCAUUCGGAUGAGCUUACACCAUGGAUCCCUGUUAUAGCAGCCAGAUCAUCUUACUCAUGCCGUUACUUUGUGCUUCCUUGCUGCUUCUUCGACUUCUACGGAAAGUAUCAGCGCAGACAGUGUAAGAAGUCUCAGUAUAAGGAGUAUAUUGACUUUAUUACUGAUGUCAGCACAGAGUGUGGCUUUAAUACAGAGGAGGAUUGCCUGAGGAUCCCUUCCACCAAACGGGUCUGCAUUAUUGGCAAAAGUAGGAGACAUGCAGAGGAUGAGGAGGUUUUGAUAGAAGAACAAAGAAACUAUUAUAUCAGAGGGCGUCAGGCCUUAUUCGCAAGCUCAGGGGUUGACGGCACGUGUGCCAGUCAAGGUGGCCAAGAUGGACCUAACAACUAUGAGAAUGGGCAGGAUAUCUCAUCUUCAGGAAGUGAUUGGGGAAAAGGCUUCCAACCGAGAGAAAAGAUAGAGAUUGUAAGGAACUGCGCAGCGCUUCCGAGGGAUUUUGUGGACGCCGUUGUUCUAAAGGUGGCAAAGUACUUGCUGAGUCUGACUGAAAGAAACACAGAGAACAGCGAAUGGUGUGACAUGUGGAACACAGGAGGAUUUUUGAUAAUAAGUGAAGUAGCUGAUCUUCUGGACCAGUCCACGCUGCAGACACUAAAGAAAGAGUGUGGCGGUCUCCAGACCCUGCUGAAAAACAACCACCAGGUGUUCAGAGUGGAGGGUGGAAAGGUGUUCAUUCGCGACUGGAGGACGCAUGCAGUAGCACAGAGUGCUAAAGCGAACUCAAAGCGCAAACCCCCUCCCUCAGGUGCCCUGAAGACUCGACUCUGCUGGUUCCACACCCACCAUCCACACGGUUGCCCUUUAGCCCGUGAGGUUUGUGCCUUUGCUCACGGAGACACUGAGUUGAGACCCUCCACAAAACCUCCGAAGAUGGUUCGGACCUGAAUGAGAGCCUUUUAUUUUAAGGUGGAUGUGCUAAUAAGACUAUUAUUAAUAAAGCACUCUAUAUAAAAUAUUUGAGUUACAUAUUAAAUAGCCGUUUCUCUUUAACCUCAGAUCUUCGAAAAAGUGGUUAUUCUUUAUUUAGGAAAUGUAAUUAAAUUCCGUUUUUAUCAAAAGAAUAUCUCUGUUUCAUUUCCAUCACAUCUGUGAUUGACUUAUUGUCAAAUAAAUCUAAAACUACGUAAUGAGAUGCAUCGACUUUUGGCAGGAGAUCCCCCCACUGGUGCAUGAAAAGGCUUCUGUUGAGAGAGGGCAUGUGUAGUGUAAAUGUUAGGGUCAUGAAUAAUUUGGAGGGCCAUGUGGGGGGUUGGAACGUGUGUGGGUCACUGCCCCUCUGCUAAAAUGUCAUCGGACAGGAUGUUACUCUCAGACCCGUAGGGGUCAAUCAAGGUCAUGUGCGAUUCAAACUGGGCAAACGUUUAAAAAUGAACCCAGGAGAUUAAGCCCAUUCAUGAGUAAUAUAAAUCACGACAAUGUUUUGGAGUAUUAAAAUAAUAAUGUGAUU